AUGUCCUUCCUCCUUCACGGCAGCACAGGACACACAGGCAUGGGCUGGGUCGAUCUCGUUCCGCGGGCGGGUAAACUCUACAUCGGCGGCCUCUACGCCCUAUACCAAGGCGACCUGAUAGAUAAAGCUGGCAUAACACACGUUUUAUCAGUGAUAGAUUAUGACCCUUUACUACAGGAGAAGUUUAGGCAUUUGAAACAGGUAACUUUCCACAUCCGCUCAGAAGACCACCCAAACACCAAUCUCCUCCAAGACUUCACCCCAGCCGUCCACUACAUCGACACAGCCCUGAACGUCGAAAACGGCGGCGUCUUCAUCCACUGCGCAAUGGGAAAAUCCCGGUCCGCAACCCUCAUUUGCGCGUACUUGAUCUGGAAGUACAAUCUCACCCCCGCCGCGGCGCUGGACCAGCUAUGUGAGGGACGACCAGUGUGCGAUCCUAACCCAGGGUUUAAAGAGCAGUUGGAGGUAUGGAGGGAGAUGUGUGGGGUUAGUGGCGAGGAGGAGAAGAGGAGGGUGUAUGAAAAGUGGGAGAAGGAUAGAUUUACGGGGGAGGUCUGGGAGUGGGACGCUCGCUUAGAUAAAAAGAGAGAGCAGUCACAGGAAAGAGUGGCGAGGUCAAAGUUGUAG